CAGAGACGCCGGGUUUUUUUGUAAAGAUGGCGGGUAGCGAUGAGGGUGGUAAAAUGUUGGAUUUUGCAGAUAGUAGGCAGGUUUCGCUUCCAAUCUCCAGGGUGAAGUUGAUUAUGAAGAGCUCUCCCGAUGUUAACAACAUUAAUCAGGACGCGCUGUUUCUGACUGCCAAAGCGACGGAACUGUUUGUCCAGUAUUUGGCUGCCUACUCCUAUAAGAAAGGCAGUGGUCGGGAGAGCAAGUGUUUAACCUAUCAUGACCUAGCGAGGUCUCCAGAGGAGUGCGACACUUUUCAGUUCCUGGCAGAUAUUCUUCCAAAAAAGAUUCUGGCACGUGACUACUUUAAGUUGCUUGAAGAGAAGGAGAAGGAGGAUGAAGGUGACGGAGAGGAAACUGAUGACAGUGAUUAGGGUUUGAUAGGAUUAUGAAACUUGUGAAGUAACAGUGUGGAUCAUUUUCUUAGUAGCAGACUCCCGGCUUCUCGCAGAAUCUGAUGACCACUGAAGUGUAUUAAUUAACUAUGUUAUGAAGCAGGCCACCAACAUUCUUUUGAGGGUGUUAAAAACCUUUGUUUGCAAGGAAUGUGUGUGUUUUUUCCCUGCUAAGAGUCUGCUGUUUCCUCCUGUUGCAUUAGUAGUUUCAUAUGUUCCAGGUUUUACUAUAAGCUUGAUUAGCCACAGUCUACUGGUAUUAAGCUCAGGUGUGUCUUAUUAGACCUUUGAAUGGAUCAGUUAAUCCAGGAAUGGAUCAAACUGCUAUAGAGUGGGAGUCUUAUUUCUAUCCCUGGUGUAGAUAACUUUUUUUUUGGGGGGGGGCCAACAAUCACAUGGCCAUGCCACCUUGAAAACAGUGUUGCUGCAAAAAGUGAGGGGUGGAUUUUUCAAACUGAUCCAUGAUCUGUUGUGGGAUGUCUGUGUUUAAAUAUAUGCCAGACUCUUUGAACAACCUGUUUAUAAUAUACAUUGUUUCCAGUGGAAUCAUUCUGUGCAAAGUGUUUGUAAAUUCAUCUCCUUUAUUAUAAUUUUGCACAAGUUUAAUAGCAAAAGGAACAAGUACAAAGCUGGUCAUGAAUGCAUGCAAAAUAUCAUUGUUGUGUUUUUU